AUGGCGUCGAAGAAUGACUCGCUUGAGAUUCCUGAUGGUUGGGUGUUGAAUACAAGGGUUGAGGAGGAUGGGACUGAGGUCAAGGGCUUCCUAUGUCCGGAGACAGGCCAGGAGUUUUCGACUUAUCAGGACCUUAUGCGCUAUGUGCGUUACGCGAAAGCAGCUCAGCUUUCGAUAUAUUCACCAGAUUCCAAUUUCAUGAAGGCGAAGAGAGCAAAAGCUGCGAAAGAAUCUUCACCAGGUCUGAGCUCAAAUUCAGCGAUGACUGAACAUGGUGAGAAAAACAAUGAUCCUACUGAGCGCCCUUGUUCAACUCAAAACCCGGGUCCAAACCGAAAAGGCAAGGCCAGCACUUCAAAGGGCAAGAAGAGGAAGCAGCAGCUAAAACGAAAGUGA